UUUCUCCAGAAAUUACUUAUUUCUAGAUAUGUUCUAAUAUGCAUUUCUGCAAUUCAGAUAUAUGCUACAAUAAAGAGCGGAUACAUGGCAAUUGCCGCUUCUACUUUAGAUUCUUUGUUAGAUCUCCUGGCUGGUGCCAUACUUUGGUUCACACAUUUGUCAGUGAAAAACAUAUACAUAUACAAACAUCCUAUCGGAAAAUUGAGUUUACAACCUGUAGGCAUAAUCUCUUUGCUGCAAUCAUGCCACUCUGGGUCAAUAAACCGUUGAAUUUGACAUUCUUUUGUUUUCCGUGUUGUGUUUGUUUUAUACGAAGGUUUCCAAGUGCUCGUCCAGGCUCUUGAACAACUAAUCGAAGACAAACCUUCUGCAAAAAUGACUUCCUCCCAACUCAUCUGGUUGAAUUCAAUCAUGCUGACAGCUACUGGAGUGAAACUUAUCCUAUGGAUUUAUUGUAGAAGCUCCAGGAAUAUAAUUGUCCGUGCGUAUGCAAAGGAUCAUUAUAUUGAUGUGGUAACAAAUGUGAUUGGUUUGGUUGCUGUUCUUGCCUAUAAAUACUAUUGGUGGCUUGAUCCUCUCGGCGCUAUCAUCCUAGCAAUCUAUACUAUCACUUCUUGGUCCGGAACUUUAAAGGAAAAUGCAGUUUCCCUGGUUGGACAGGCAGCUUCUCCUGAAGUUUUACAGAAACUCACAUACCUUGUACUAAGACACCAUCCUCAAAUCAAACGGGUCAACACAGUUCGCGCUUACACCUUCGAUGUUCUCUAUUUUGUAGAGUUUGACAUCGAGCAACUGGAAGAUUUGCCUUCAAAAGAAGCUCAUGCGAUUGGAGAAUCAUUGCAGAUUAAGACUGAACAACUCCCUGAAGUUGAGAGAGCCUUUGUUCAUCAUCUUGAUUUUGAGUGUGACCACAAGUUAGAACACUCUAUUUUGGGUAUACAUUUGAUCUAUAUCAUCAAGUGAUUAAAUGAUUUUGAAUUAAAGAUAAAA